AUGGCCACGGCUAUGGCCGUCCCUCCAUUGGCCCCACGGCCUAUAGCUGUCUGGUCGCCUCCCAAGCAUCAUCAUCACAUGGACGGCAAGGAGAACCGGCCUUCUCUCAAGCACAUUCAACAAACAACACCUCCAGCACGCUCCCGGAGAGAACGACCCUGUGACGGCUGCCGACGACGCAAAAGCAAAUGUGUUCUCCAGGAGAACCGUCGUUGCGUUUUAUGCGAGUUCCACAAGCAGGACUGCACGUUUGUGGAGAACGCACAGCCCAGGAAGCGCAAGACAGAGGAUGCUCCCAGACCUGAUAGUCCUUCCAAGAAGAGCCCUGCUUCUAUCCAACGUUCCACGCCCACCACCACUGCUCCAUCCCGCCCCGCGACAGCGCCCGCUCCGCUGCCUGCGCCACUCCAGCCCUCGAUGAGGAAACAUUUCGCAGUCGAUGAGACGCUGAGCCUUCAGCGCCAUCGUCAUUGCAAGUAUCUUGGCCAGACGACAGCCUUGGACGCCUCCCUCAUCGGCCUCGGGACGUUCAACGAGAAGAACGAGACAGAGUCGCAGGUUGGUACCCUGCGACAAGUCACCAGCAGCGAAUACUUCAGCACUCAUGCCGAUGCUGAUGUGCAACUACCGGACGAUGAGGCUCGAGCCCUAGCAGAUAUCGAAGACAUUGUCGGAUCUCAUGGUCCUGCUCUCAUCGACAUAUACUUCCGCAAUGUGCAUCCAAGCUAUCCCAUAAUACAGAAGCCAGCGUUCCUCGAUCGGCAUCAACAUGGCGACAGGCAAUUUAAUCCUCCACUCCUUGCAGCGAUGUACCUGUUGGCAUUGGCAUGGUGGGACCGAGAUCCAGCAUUCCGAUUACAUCCCAAGCCUGACACCUCCAAGUUGGAGUAUGUUGCAAUCACGAGCCUCACGAUAGCAAUGCAACGUCCCAAGAUCUCGGCAGUGCAAGCUGGUCUACUGUUGCUGCAACGUGCCAAGUCCAGCACAUGGACAUUGACUGUCCAGCUUGUAGCACUCGGUCAAGAUAUAGGAUUGCACCUCGACUGCUCCGACUGGUCCAUACCAAGAUGGGAACGACUACUUCGCAAGCGACUCGCAUGGGCAUUAUACAUGCAAGACAAAUGGAGUGCGGUCAUGCACGGGAGACCUUCCCACAUCAACGAGGCCGACUGGAACGUGUCUAUUCCCACCGAGGAAGAUUUCGACGAAACCAUCCAGCCCCUGCCCACGCCCAGCGAAGACGUCGACGAGCAACAAGCACGAGGCCGAAUGGUUUUCAUGCAAAUGAUCUCCCUCACCAGCAUCAUGGCCGAAGUCUGCGAAGCAUUCUACAGCGAGACUGCAAAAGCCGAGUACGCCCGCGCAGGCCGCUACGCGACGCAACUAGUGCUCACUCGCGCCAAGCCAGUGCAGCUGAAGCUGAGGAACUGGCACGCGAGCCUUCCAGCGAAUUGUAAGAUGGACAGCUUCACAUCUGGACAGCUCUCAUCGCAAGGAUACCUUCACCUGGCAUACUUCGCUACGGAGAUCAGCAUACACCGAAGAAUCGUCCAGUCUCUUGACCCGGCGAGCUCUGAACCGUACGCGCUCUACGUGUGUCGCUCAGCAGCGAAGACGCGAUUGAUAAGCGCGCUGGACUUUGUCAACCGUCUCAAGCCAGAACACCUCGAUGCGUUCUGGUUCUUCUCCUCGGCAUCCAACUUCGCUCUGAUCGGAACCUUUGGCGCAUUACUCAUGGCGACAAGUCCUGGCCGGGAGGAAGCACAUUUUUACGCUUGUCGUCUGAACGAGUUCAAGUGGACUCUGACGGUGAGCAGCAAGAAGGCGGUUUGGAUACAGGGCGCGUUGGAGAAGUUGGAUGCCACCAGUCAGAUGUUGAGAGGCCUCCCUGAGAAGCCGAGUGUGCAGCCGACGAGUGAGCUGAACAUUUCGAGUUAUCAUCAUACUGUGAAUGGGGAUGUUGUGGAGAUUGAUCGGUGGAGUACGGAGCCUACUGUGGCAUAG